AUGGACACAUUCAGGACGUUGUGGCUCUUAAUGGGACUGCUUGCAGUCUACUUGGAAAAUGGAGUCGAGUCAUUUAUUAACUUACCAUUCAAUAAAAAAGGGAAUGCAGCAAACGACGUUAUGGCACAGAGGGCAUCGGAGAAUAAUGUAGUUCACAGUGUUACAACUACUCGUUCCGUGGUAGUUGAAAAAAAAUCAACAACUUUCAAGAAAAAAUGUUGGUCAGAUUUAAUAGACGAUAAAGCAUUGAGUAUAAACACAUUGGAGAUGUGUCAGAAAUAUGGGUAUAACGUAGAAGGCUUGUACGUCGUACCAGAAUUUUUGAGACUCCUUAAUUCACUAAACCGAGAACAAUGCAGUAUGGCUUCUAGAAUCUCUUAUCCUAGAGAUUACAGUCUGUCUAUCAAGAACGACGACGAGUUUGAUAUUAUCAUAGUGGGUUGUGGAGCUUCAGGGUCGGUUUUGGCUGCUAAACUUAGCGACGAGAAAAAUUUGAACGUUUUGGUAUUGGAGGCUGGAGGUACGCCACUCAUGCAAUCUGAGAUACCCGGACUCUGGGCCAAUUCGAUUGGUUCCGAAAUGGAUUGGAAAUAUACCGCACAAGAAGACGAAACGUUUGGUCAGGGUUUAGAAAACAAAUGUGUCAAGGUCAUUCGUGGAAAAUGCUUAGGAGGAACUACGGCUCUGAAUACUAUGUUGUAUGAUCGAGGUAUAGAAUCAGAUUACACUAAAUUUGAAUUGGCAGGUUUAACCAAAUGGAGUUGGGAAGACGUUUUGAAAUACUAUAAACGUUCAGAAGACUGUAAGUUUGAGAAAAUCACCACACAUGAAACAGUAAGUAGAUCUCAUAGUGUUGGUGGAAAACUAUGUGUAGAUUCGUUCCGUAACACGAGGACUGUUGAAAUCAGACAAGUCUAUUCUAAGGCGUUAAAUGCGGUCAAUUAUGAUACAUUAGACUUCUUAUCGGUAAAGAAUCACCAAGGUUUUGUUUCAUCUGUAGCAAUCGUUAAAAACGGUUUACGUGUGAACACAGCGAAAGCCUUUUUGAAAAAUGCUAACAGAAAAUACAAUCUAAAAAUAUCAGCCAGGUCUUUAGUCAAAAGAGUAAUAUUCGAAGGUAAAAAAGCUGUAGGCGUAGAGUUUGAAAAUUCAGUUGGAGAACUAAUUCAAGUCAAGAGUAAGAAGGACGUUAUACUGUGUGCUGGUCCGAUAGGCUCUCCAAAACUACUCUUAGAGUCAGGUGUUGGGCCAAAGGAUCUACUCGAUUCAUUGGGCAUUCCCGUGGUCGUAGAGAAUGAUAACGUGGGUUCGAAUUUGCAAGCUCAUCCAAAUUUCUUGGGUAUAGUAGUUAAAUUUGAAAUGCAGCCGGUCAAGUCAUACUCUAUCAGUGAAAUGGUCUUUGAAUACUUAAUGAAGCAUACUGGACCUUUGGCCACAAUAGGGAUGUGCAGUUUUACCGGUUUUAUAGAUAUUGAUGGAAAUGGUGUUCCGGACAUUCAAAUAUUCUUUUACUAUUACUCUCAGGACGACACUGUAUUCAUGCCUUCACAAUUGGACGCUAUGAACUUAAACGACAACAUCACGGAACAGAUAAUCGACCUUAAUGAAGAUAACGAUAUUAAAAUGAUCGGUAUUUCACUGCUCCGUCCAAAAAAUACUGGUAAAGUGACUAUAAAUAAGACUUGUGGUGGUGACGAAUAUGAACCAGUUAUAGAAUUUGGUUCUUUGGAUGAUGAGGAUGUUGACACGCUAAUGAAAGCUAUCCAAUGGGUAAAAAAUCUUAUACAAUCAGAAGCGUUUAAACAUUAUGGACCAGAGAUCGUUCCUUUAAAAUUUGAGGGUGGCCCAGAGCCGGACGUGGACAGCGAUAAAUAUUGGAAAUACGCCAUCAAACAAUUGACGAUAAUGAAUAUCCAGAUGACUGGUACAUGCUCCAUGGCGACAGAACCUUCUAAAGGGGUUGUGGAUGAAGACCUUGACGUCUUUGAUACCGACGGAUUGAUGGUUGUGGAUUCUUCUGCACUUCCGAUAAUGUUCAGUGCUGAAAGUUGUGCUCCGUCCAUCAUGGUCGCAGAGAAAGCUUCUGAUAUCAUAAAGACGAAAUUGGGAUGCAAUGACGAUGAAGACAACCAAGACUCAUCGGAUGAUAAUUCUGAAUAA